CAACUAUGACUUCAAACAUUGCUGAAUCUCUAAAUGCAGCAAACUUGGCAGCUAGAGAGCUACCAAUCACAACACUGAUGGAGUCAUUGAGAGCAUUGAUUCAACAAUGGACAUACACAAACAGGAAAAAAGCACAGAAAACAACAACAUUUUUAACACCUACAGCAGAAAAGAAAUUAGUCGACAACUUUGUGGAAUCAUUGACAGAAAAUGUAAAACCAAUAAACGAGACCAUGUUCGAAGUCAUUGAACUAACCAGAUCAUGGGUCAUCAACCUCAAGGAGAAAACAUGCAGUUGCAACAGAUUCCAACUUGAUGAGUUACCGUGUGCUCAUGCGCUUCUUUGUUAUAAAAGAGAUGAACUUGAAUUUUUAAAGGCAGUCAGUCAAUAA